AUGUCAAAUGGAGGAAAUGCUGGGAAAAAAUCCUCUUCCUACUUCCACUUCGGAGCAGGAUUAGGAUCAGGAAUUCUGUCCGCAGUUCUCCUCCAACCCGCCGAUCUUCUCAAGACCCGCGUGCAACAAAGUAACCAUGCCUCUCUCUACACCACCAUUCGCGAGCUCUCGCAGUCGCCAAAUAGCAUCCGGUCUUUUUGGCGGGGAACCGUUCCCUCUGCUCUCCGCACCGGAUUCGGUUCCGCCAUCUACUUCACCAGUUUGAAUGCUCUGCGACAGAAUGUCGCAAGAUCAAAUCUCCUCCGGACAAUUGGGGUCGUGGAACAGAAGAGCACGGUACAUUCCUCCAGUCUACCCAAGUUAUCGAAUCUAGCGAAUUUGACAACGGGAGCGGUGGCGAGAGCUGGAGCUGGCUUUAUUCUCAUGCCUAUGACGAUUAUCAAAGUAAGAUAUGAAUCCAAUUUGUAUGCCUACAAAUCGAUCGUGGGUGCCGGACGAGAUAUAUUCCUCACCGAAGGAUUUCGAGGAUUUUUCUCUGGGUUCGGAGCCACGGCUAUCAGAGACGCUCCGUAUGCGGGAUUAUACGUGUUGUUUUAUGAACAGUUGAAGAAGAGGCUGAGUCAUAUUGUCCAUUCGUCUCCUCAAGUUGAGGGAUUGGCUGAGAAGGUGGAUCUGGGGUUGAGCAAAAAUAUGAAGGGGAGUACAAGCGCUUCGAUCAAUUUUGGAUCGGGAGUACUGGCAGCAGGGCUGGCGACGGCGAUUACGAAUCCUUUUGAUGCGAUUAAAACGAGGAUUCAACUGCAGCCGAAAAAAUAUACAAAUUUGGUUAUGGCGGGGAGGAAGAUGGUGGGGGAAGAGGGGGUAAAGAGUCUUUUUGAUGGAUUGGGGUUGAGGAUGGGGAGAAAGGCUGUUAGUUCCGCUUUGGCUUGGACCAUUUAUGAAGAGCUUAUUAGGAGGGCCGAGUCGGUUUUGAAGGGGCAGCAAGAGUUGGUUGUUUGA